CUAGGCCUGCUCACCGCCGCCCUCGGACCCUUUCGACAUGUUAGCAUAGUCUCGUCGGACCGGAGCCCAAGCUCGACGCUUGGAGACCCUCUCCGCGCUUUUUGAGGGAUAGCACAACCAGGGCUCCGUCGGUGACAGUACGGGUACUGCCUGCAUAGCCGUCUGUCAACAGCCGUCGUAGAGCUGACCAUGUCGACGCAGCCGCGGACCGCUACGAGAACCAUGGAGUCGACCAACGCGCCUGGCAGGUCAGGGUCCAACAUGUCAGCCGAAGACUCGAGCGGCUCGUCAGAGGACCGAGUGCGCAAAUUCAUAAAGACAGGCGACAGGAGCACCCGCCUGCGCAAGACGAGUGCCUCCAACGCCAUCAACGCCGCACGGCCACCGCCCGCAAACAACAAUGCACCGCUACGGGCGAGGAACAAGGUGCCGCUGGGUCCGCGAGGCCCGCCACAAGACUUCUCCAAGCAGAGCACCGCCAGCGGCGCCAGCGUUGCUUCUCUCGAGAGUCGCUCCUUCCUUCCCACCACAGCAGGAGCAGGAGGAGGAGGAGGCGACGCCACGACGCGCCUGGUCACCUCGAACCCACGCUUCAGCUUCUCCAAGCAGCACCCCGAACCCCCCAAGGAGCUCAGUUCCAGCACCGGCUCCAGCUCGUACGACUUCCUCCCCUCGGUCAACUUCGACGACUUCGCCAACAGCCUCUCGUAUGAGCCCAAUCUGAGCGACUUUCCCGUCCCGGCCUCGUUCAAGAGCAACCUGCCAGCCAGCACCAGCGCCCCCAAUAUGCAGCCCUUCACAAAAGGCCCCCAAGAUGCACGCCCUGCACGCAGCAGCUCCUUCGUUCGCCGCUUCAGCCAGUCUACCAGCAGACAGCCCAGCGGAGCCUCCACGGCUUCGGGCAGCACACUCAACUCGGACGCGUCGUCGAUGCCACCGCCCGCCACCAGCAUGGCCAUUCGAUCCCGACGCCAGAGCCAGUUUCCUCCACAGGCACCGCCAAACCCCGCUGCACGUGCACCGCGAAAGAGUGUUGGCCCUGGCGUGUUGCCAACAAACAGUCUCGAGAGCCGACACGACGUGGCCAGACUGGCGGGUGACGCUCCGCAGGCUCCCCUUGGACGCUCGCCCUCACUGAACAGGGGCAGCCGGCGAGAGACGCUCAACCCAAACUUCAACACUACAACAGGUGUACCUAAACUACCAAAUGCAGCGCGGUCUGCAAAAGCAAAAUCGUUCCAUCCACCCUCGAGACUACAGCCUACACACCUGGCUGUAUCAUCCAUAACACCAGACCCCAGUGGACGGCCUUUUCAUCAAUCUCGCUCACCGGGCAAGUCUCCUGCGCAGCGAUCCCACACUCCUUCUUCCUCGUCGAGCAAGCGACAGUCGACUGCACACCACAUCUCGGGACUGGGUGCGCGAACCAUCAGCCCAACGGAUGCUCGAAGACUGAGGAGGCAGUCCAUGAAUCCCAACCAUCCAGGAGGCCCGGUCGGUCCUCCUACCCCCCAGGGCGAUGCGUCAUUCGACGAUCGUUCCUUCAGUCAGUCUCCCGCCAUGGUUUUCGGCAAAAGCAUGACACCCUCGUCUGCUCGCGCAACGCCCGAGCAAAAUCGCAAGUCGUAUGCCUCUGGCAUAUCGCUGUCGUCCAACUCAAGCUUGAAUUCGCUCAAAGUCAUAAACUCCGCCAUACCACUGCGGCCCAACCCUAUUCUGACAAACUCACGGUUACCCACGCCAAAGCCAAGAAGCGUUCACAGUUCUGCUGCUGGGGAGGAAGAAGAGGUGCCUCCUGUGCCGGCCAUUCCAAAAGCCUACGAAUCUCCAAAAGAUCCCGAACGCAGUACCUUUGCAUUCUCAACAACUCCCAUGAAGAUGAGCAUGCCUCCGCCAUCGGCUCCUCCUCCUCUUCCUCCCCAGGAAUCUGCGCCCGUUGCUACUGCGCAUCUUACUGAACCUCAACAUGAUGAAAUUGUGGCCGCCAAUCCUGGAAAGUCGACCUUGGGCAACAAAAGCACAGGGUCAAUCCGGCACCGGAGGGGUCUGACGGUCGGAUCUGGGUCGGAACCUGAGAGGACACCCACGGUACAGCAUUCAAGCAAAAAGACUUUGCAACCAAUUAGACUUCCACCAUUGAAUUUACUGCCGCUUGGAACACCAUUCAAUAAUCGAAUCUCGUCUUUCCCAGCACCUUCUGCUGAGGUUGACGAGCGAGCGGUCACGCCGCCGCCAAAGCGUGCUGCCAACAAGACGCCUAGCACGCCUAUGACAGCGUCGAAGGCAAGUUUCUUUUCAAAGAGCAACCACCAGGACCAGUACGAGUACAGCAAACAUCUACGUAGCAGCAGUUCUGCAUUCAAUCUACGUGCGACAGACACCUCACUUGGCGGGGCACCCAACAUUGGAAGCAUGCCCAUUCCUACUCUACACCCCACACGCCAAGCGACGACACCCUUCGCCUCAAAUUCAUUACCCAAAGGUAGCGGUGAGUUUGCACGCCUUCAAUCAAGGCCGAGCGGUGAAUACAGCUUUAGCAAGAACGUGGAAAUGCAAAACAUGAAUGUUGCUGGACCGCGCCCAAUGCACAAGGAUGCAUCAGACUCUGCGCAUACAUCAACCUCUACUGAACCGGAAACACCAUCCUCUGGCUCUUCGCUACGACGUAAACUCAGUCUGAGUGGUUGGCGGAAGGGAUCCUCGAAAGCUACUUCACAUCCCUCACAGAACCCACAGGCGCGAAAGACGCCUCAAAAAGCCGAAGAGCCGGCACCACAACCACCGAAGCACGGUGAUAUGCCCCCACCUCGGUUGCCCGCCUCAGCUACCUGGAGCGGCGCUAUUGGCACAAGUCCUACUCCCAACACCAACCGUUCGCGACCGUCACUCGACUUUGCUCGUCGCAAAACUUCCACAGCGACAAUUGCAAGUGAUACUGAUGCUGAAAAGGCUAGUACUCGGAAACCCGCAGGAAAUGCAGGACCGCGGACAAUCUCAGGACACACUGACCAAACUGGCAACCACCCAACACACAAGUCCAUAUUGACGCCAAUGCAGCGAAUGCUUGGCUCGAAGAGUUCUUCGAAUAUGCUCAAGUCUCGCCACCUGGAUUCGAAUCUUGAUAGAGACGACCAGGCGGCCGAUGACGAGAUGAAGAAACUUGCCUCGAAACGGAAAGAUUUCGAACAUGCAGCCCGCGAUGUGGACGAGCUUCGCAAGCGCGCUAGGGCCCAGGAGCGUGUCACACCAGCACAAGCUCUGCAAAUGGUCAAUUUGAAUAUAUUCGAAAGGGGCGAAAUCAUCGAUUACAAGGAGAUCUAUUUCUGUGGAACAAAGAGCGCCAAGAAACAUGUCGGUGACCUCAAUGCCCAAACGGCCAACUUUGGUUAUGAUGACGACCGUGGAGACUACAACAUUGUCCUUGGAGAUCAUCUCGCCUAUCGUUACGAGGUCGUUGAUCUGCUUGGGAAGGGCAGCUUUGGACAGGUCGUGCGCUGCGUAGACCACAAGACAGGAGGGCUUGAAGCGAUCAAAAUUAUUCGUAAUAAGAAGAGGUUCCAUCAGCAAGCUUUGGUAGAAGUCAACAUUCUACAAAAGCUGCGCGAAUGGGAUCCCGAUAACAAGCAUAGCAUGAUCAACUUCACACAGAGCUUCUACUUCCGGGGUCACCUUUGCAUAUCCACCGAGCUUCUCGGCAUGAACUUGUACGAAUUUAUCAAGGCGCACGAGUUCAAGGGCUUCUCGCUCCGCCUCAUUCGCCGAUUCUGCAAACAGAUGCUGGCUUCUCUGGUUCUCCUGAAGAGCCACAAGGUCAUCCAUUGCGAUCUGAAACCCGAGAACAUUCUACUCGCUCAUCCGCUACAUUCGGAAAUCAAGGUUAUUGAUUUCGGGUCUAGCUGCUUCGAGACUGAGAAAGUCUACACGUACAUCCAAUCACGUUUCUAUCGGUCGCCAGAGGUCAUUCUAGGAAUGAGCUAUGGCUUGGCGAUCGAUAUGUGGAGUCUGGGCUGUAUUCUGGCGGAGCUACUAACGGGCUACCCCAUCUUUCCCGGAGAGAACGAACAGGAGCAGCUCGCUUGUAUUAUGGAAAUCUUUGGCCCCCCAGAGAAACAUCUGAUCGAGAAGAGCAGCAGGAAGAAACUCUUUUUUGACUCCCUUGGAAAGCCCAGAGUGACGGUCUCUACCAAAGGACGUCGACGUCGGCCAAGCUCGAAGACGCUGCAGCAGGCUCUCAAGUGCGACGACGAAGCCUUCCUCGACUUCAUCACGCGAUGUCUCCGCUGGGAUCCCGAGCGCCGUAUGAAGCCAGACGAAGCCAUGCACCACGAGUUCAUCACCGGCGUGCGCAGAAAUACCCGCCCGCCUCCACGCAUGAACGGGAGCUCUAAUGUAUCUUCCCCCGCGAAGCGCUUCCCGCCCUCUCAGACGCCGCAAGCGCGCGUACGACCGCUCCCCGAACCUCCAGCCACUAGCUUCAAAAAUGGCGCCGCAGUCAUAGCACAUCGCGACGCGUCAAAUAGUUCGUCGCCCGUGAAGGCCCAAGCCCCGCACCGCCGCCAUUCGACAGCUCAGGGCGGACCAUCUGGAGCAGCAGGGACGAAGCGUACGGCGAAUGGGGCACCGCUUAAUGCUACAAGUGGAAGUGGGCUGCCGCGAGCUGCGCAGCGGAGUGUGAGUGGCAAGCCUGAUCUUGCUUCGGCGGCGGCGAUUGCUAGUCUCGUAAGUUCUCACCAAGUUUCAAGCUGAUAUCUUCAUUGUGGACCGCGCAGGCUAACGGAAAGACAGAAAUCGCGCUAAUUCUGUUAUGAUAUCCGGGAUAGUCGCUUUGAGUAUACAUGAAUGAUUAUGUGUGGGCUGGUGACAAGGCUCCUUAUACUAUUUAAUAUGAGU